AUGAAGGCCAGAACGCGUUUUGGCUUACUAUGCCUUGUGGCCAUUGGGUUUGUUUCGGUGUAUCUAUGGCCCUCAAGAACGCUCCACACUGUGCUGGCUGGAGACGUAUUCUCGCUGAGUCAAUUUCUGGACCUGGGGUCGCUCGAGCAGAUGUGCUCAUCCUACUUCGAUACUCUAGCUCAUAUGGCUCCCGAGUGGGCUUCAAGCUCGCGAUUCCAGCCGCUUCCCGGGGUGGCCAAUCACAUUGACCACUUGCGCAUCUACAACAGGUGCUACUUGGAGAACGGGUUCCAGCCUACGAUUGCUGCGUUGGCGGCGGAAAAGCAGCUCCUACCGUUUUUUUCGGGCUCAACUCCCCUGGCGCCAGACUUCAACGUACUGUACUUGCGUAACCACUUGAAGAAGGCAGAAGGUAGGGGCAUUGUAGUCAGUAUAAGCGACGCUGAGGUUGGCAGAGCAUCCAACCUACUACGUGUCCUCAAUUACUUGGGGAACGAGCUCCCGGUGCAAUUUGUCCACUUGGACGAGCUUUCGGACGUGUCUGUGAAAUUGCUUGAGUACGCAGCAGUGUCGCCUCGGGCUCUUGGCCACGACCAGAGACUCACUUUCAUAAACGUCAAGGAUUACUUGACACCCAGCUUCGCUGAGCAUUUCAAGGGCUACAACAGAAAAUGGUUUGCGGCGGUCUUCAACACAUUUCACGAAAUGAUCCUUAUGGACGCUGACGCAGUUCCCUAUGUGCUACCUGUGCUGUUCUUCCUGCUACCGGGUUACAAGGAGAGUGGGGCGUACUUCUUUCGAGACCGUGAAUUAAAUGUGCUUUUGAAAAAAUGGAAAACCGAUUUUUUCAAGCGCCUAUUACCGCUGCAUAAGUCCCCAUUUGGAUUUGAGGUGGACCCCGUUCAGUUGCAAAACAACUUCUUUCUAUUUAAUUCAAAGCACGUUGCCGAAAGCGGUGUGGUCAUCAUAGACAGGAAAACACAUAUGUCUGGAUUGGUUAUUCCUGUUGCAUUGCAGUACUUUCGUAAGAGCGGAAGGAUUCUUUAUGGCGACAAGGACUUGUUUUGGCUUGGUCAGUUGAUAAGCGGAAACUCCAACUACACAUUUCACUUCAAUGCUGCUGGCGCCAUGGGGCAAAUCGAACCAACAGGUGAAAUAUGCUCGCCGCAAAUGGCCCACUACGGCUCUGAUCACCUCCUUUGGUCUAAUGGAGGCUUAACUAAGUGCAAGAAGCCGACGUGGGUGCGUGAUUACCUCUUAUACUCGAGAUUUCGUCAGCAGUUUAGUUCUAUUGAGGAGCUCAAACAGAGCUAUAAUGGGCCUGUAUCGGUGUCGGAGAUCAUUAUUCCCGCUACUUUGAAGGACAAGAAUAUUCCAGGUACGGGAAAAAGGCCAGUUUCCAACUUCAAUAAGGCAGAUGAUCAUGGCUGUGCUGCAACGUAUUACUGUGCCAACGCAAGGGAUGGGGGGCGACUAAUUAUAUUGAAUGAAGAGGAAAAAAAACAUAUCCAAGCUGUCAUCGAGGUGUGGAAUGAUCGUCGUUCGUGGGGAACUUUAUAG